AUGGGUGCACCGCAGACCCCACGGUCUAUUGACGAUGUGGAGGUGCCGCUUCCAAGGGUCGCUGUUGUGGAAGAAUUAAGUGAGCAACAAGACCGCAAAAUGGAGCGACGUCGAGGAGGACAGGGCCCGCGGCGGCGCGGGCUCGAAAACGAGCUGGAAGGCGAGCGCCGGAGACCCCGACGCAGGCCAAGGAAGAAGAAAAAUGACACCGUCACUGUGGUGACGACUGUAGAUCUGUACCGUGUGCGGUACAGAUCUGAACAACGCGAAAACUCCCGAGUUAACAUGUUAUCCCGGACAGCCAACGCCCUACGCUCACGUUCAAUACAGUCCUUGUUCUUCAGGUCAUCAGAGAUGCCCUAG